AUGCCUUCCGCCGAGACUGUCGAACUGAGCGAGGACGUUCGUGUUCUGGGCUACGAUCCACUCAUCCCUCCUGCCUUACUUCAGUCCGAAGUUCCUGCGUCCGAAACCUCAAUUCGUACCGUAGCUGAAGGUCGAAAAGCAUGCAAAGAGAUCAUUCAUCAGCGAGAUGAUAGAUUGUUAGUCAUGGUCGGUCCAUGCUCAAUCCACGACCCUGCUACAGCUCUCGAAUAUGCACAGAAACUGCUCGACCUGUCGAAAAAGCUGGAAAACGAUCUAUGCAUCAUCAUGAGAGCCUACCUCGAGAAGCCACGAACAACUGUCGGUUGGAAGGGUCUGAUCAACGAUCCCGAUAUUGAUGAGAGCUACAAGAUCAACAAGGGUCUUCGUGUAUCUAGAAAGCUCUACGCAGACCUGACCAAUAUGGGUAUGCCCAUCGCCUCAGAAAUGCUUGAUACAAUUUCCCCUCAGUUUCUAGCCGACCUGAUCUCGCUCGGCGCCAUUGGCGCGCGUACUACCGAGUCUCAGCUUCACAGAGAACUCGCUUCAGGUCUGUCCUUCCCAAUUGGUUUUAAGAACGGCACAGAUGGCAGUUUGAGCGUCGCAAUCGACGCAGUCGGCGCAGCAGCUGCUACCCACCACUUCAUGGGUGUUACGAAGCAAGGUUUAGCCGCUAUCACUAAGACAUCUGGUAAUGACGACGGCUUCGUCAUUCUAAGAGGUGGCUCAAAAGGCACAAACUUCGACCCAGAAUCAGUCAGGGCAGCAAGAGAAGCACUCAAGAAGAAAGGCCAAGCUGAAGUCAUGAUGAUCGACUGCUCGCACGGCAACAGCAAGAAAGACCACAGAAAUCAGCCAGGCGUUGCACAAGUCAUUGGCGAUCAGCUACGAAAAGGUGAAGACGCAAUCGUGGCGGUCAUGAUCGAGAGCUUCAUUGAGCCAGGUGCACAGAAAGCGCCAGGCAAGGGUGACGGUGGUCUUGCAAGCUUGAAGAAGGGCAUGUCCAUCACUGAUGCUUGCAUUGACUGGAAAACCACAGUCGAGGUGCUCGAGCAGCUCGCAGACGCCGUAAGGACGAGGAGAAGCGUGAGAGGUCAAAAUGGUAGCAACGGUCAUGCUAAUGGUCAUUAA